AUGUUCUAUUGUAAUCGAGAUUUUGUUGUUCAUACAUCAAAUCAAUCAAAAAGCAAACGGCAACCUCUGAAUAUAAUUAAUCAAGCAAAUAAACCAACGGUACAAUUGAGGCAUACAACAGCACCUAGAGCCAGUGCUCGAUGUGAUUCAGUUGAGAAAAGUCAGCAAAUACAGGUUAAUUGCUCAAAAGACACAUCACGGGAUCGACAAAAUGAUGCUACUAUAGAAAAUUUCACGACUGAUGCAGAUUUUCUAUUUGAUGAUACCAGUAAUUCGAUAAUAUCAACAUGUGGAAAACCAAGUGACAAUAAAGAUGAGUUCUCUAACACGUCAACGCAGGAAGUCGUGACAAAAACAACGAAUAAAUAUGAACAAACAAGCGAACAAGCAGUUAAAAAAGCCAUGCAAAGCAUAAUGAUUGGAAAAUCUGUCAUCUAUACCAAGACAGAUCUGACUAUAAUAUGUAACAAACAAAAUAUCCGACUGGCUGCAGUGGAACAUUUAGUCGAUGCUAAAUUGCUUAAAUAUGGAGAUAACUUGUGGAUCGAACCGACUCGUGCAAAAGCAAAUACUAAAAAAGAUUCAAAAUCUAUACUUCGCCCAGGAUGGAUGAAAAUGUGCCCAGCUUCGAGUUCAGAUGUGUCAAAAUUUGAUUUUAUGAGAACUCUACAAGAAAAUAAGGACAAUGUUUUUACACACAACCAUUGGAGAUUAUCAGAUGAAGUCAUCGAAAUAUUUCGAUCAAAGAAUAAUGUGUUAAAUGGGAAAAAUCAGGUAGAAAUGUCAGCGAGACCGAUACUACAUUCGAACCAUUCUCAAGAAACAUCAGCAAACGAAAACCCAACAGAAAUGUCUCAGCAAAAAAGAAUUCAUGGUAGUAGAGAAGGAGAAGAAGAAGAUAUGGCGUAUACUUGCCCGUUAUCAACCAGUGUCAAGAGAAAAAUUGGUUCUCAUAGAAAUUUCGAAGAAAAUGUACAACGCAUACAACCAAGAAGAAUGAAGAAAAAUUAG